AUGAGCAGAUCACAUGACACUGGUGGCUCUAAGAACAUGGUGCUUAAGCAGCCACCCAUGGCUGGGUGUCCCGUUGCUGUUGGCCUUUUCCCAGUGUUCUUUCACAUUCAUCAUCUCAUCUCUUCCCCUAAAAGAUCUCAGAAGUUAGUCUUGGCAGAGAUCAUUGCUCCAGCUUUGAGGGAAAAGAUGCUAAGAACUGGGGGAGGGAACACUUUGCCCAAGAUGAAUCAUGCCAAGAGAGCCAGUCAGGCUUCUUCUGCUGUCUCUUGCUGCCUCAAUCAGGGUAACUUUGGAGACCGGUGGGAAAUACAUGCAAACACGGGAUGGCUCGUUGUCCCCUCUCCUUUUCAUAGGAUUUUGAGCAGGUGCUUUUUAUAA